AUGUCGGCUGAAACUUCGGUUCGUUGGGUGAGCAGGCCAGCCAAACUGGGCGGCGAGCUGGCCGUGCCAGGCGACAAGUCCAUUUCGCAUCGAUCUCUCAUUCUCAACGCCAUGGCCCACGGUUCCGCGCGCAUUACAGGGCUGUCCAACGGCGAGGACGUAAUGUCCACCUUGGACUGCCUGAGACGAAUGGGAGCGGAAAUCACCCAGGGCAGCAUCCCGGGGGAAUACACCAUCGUUGGCCGCGGGCCGGUGUUGCAGGAACCGUUAGACAUCCUGGACGCUGGCAACAGCGGCACCUCCAUGCGCCUGCUUUCCGGUUUGCUUGCAGCCCAGCCUUUCCUUUCGGUCCUCACCGGCGACGCAUCGCUGCGUUCGCGUCCGAUGCGGAGGAUUGUUGAGCCUCUGCAACAGAUGGGAGCGCAGGUCUUGGGCCGCCAAAACGGUUCAUUGGCGCCCCUUGUGAUUCAGGGUGGCUCCCUGAGAGGAAUCGAUUACGACCUUCCGGUAGCGAGCCCCAGGUAA